UCAAGCUGGCCAUCAAUACUUUUCAAGGCAUGAAUAUGGGCAGCACCUCGCAGUGGAAGCCAUCACAGGCAGGCCUUCUAAUCACCACUACUGCUGUACUUCAACUCCAGGACAUUCUUUUGAGCUCUGAAGGUUACACUUUCUUUCUAACUGGCAGAAUACUGCAAGAUUGCCUGGAAAACCUUUUCUCUGUUGUUCGCCUGAAGAAGCCGGUUCCAGAUGCAUUGGACAUGAAAUAUGCUUUCAAAGUUGUGUGCAUUAGCCAAUUUUGGCGCACGCCGAAGACAGCCAGCUAUGCUGUCGAUGAUUCGGAGUAUCUGGUUGAUCUACUGACAGAUGGCAAGCGUGAGCUAGCUGAACCAGACCCAUCUGAAAUCGAUGAUUCUGAGAUACUCUUCAUUGAAGAGCUGACAUCUACAGAAUGUAGCACCCUCUUUCAUAUUGCCGGAUUCCUCGCUGUUGUGACGUACUUGAGCAAAAUGGUGAAGUUCAACGUGAAUGCUUGCCAAGUGCACAGUGCAACUGUUCAGAAGCUUCUCAUUGCCACCUAUGCCCGAAUGAGGUUACGCAUUCACCUGCGUCAGCUUGAAAAGAAAGAAGUCAACGGCCGCGGAAGCAAAACGUGUGCUGCAGUAAACUUGCAGUGA